AUGCUCCCGCUGCUCCUGCUCCUGGCGACGGCGCCCGGCGCGCUCGGGCUGGCCAACAUCGGGUACGUGCCCACCCUCGCCAACCGGACCCUGGAGGGCCGGAUAACCGCCUCCACCUUCAUCCUGGAGCAGCCCCGCUGCGUCUUUGGCGAUGCUCAGCCCAGCACCCGGAAGAUCUGGCUGGUGGUGGCCCUGGAUGCGGCCGCGGGGCAGUUCAACGCCAGCGCGGCGGCGCCGGGGACCCCGCAGCUGGCUUUCCAGAGCUUCCCCAACAACACGGCGUACGCCACGCUCGGCACCUUCCUCGCCAACUACCCGUGCCCCCCUCGCCCCGGGGACAUCACGGUGCUGCGCGUCGGCAGCGAAACCGCCUGCCGCCACGACCCGACGAGGCCCAGCUGCAACGGCCCCCUCCCGGGGCCCGGGCCCUACCGGGUGAAGUUCGUCACCUGGGACGAGUCCGGACCCCAAGCUGAGACCUACUGGUCCGAGCCCAUCACCCUGAAAACAGCUCAGCAAGCUGACAACCUCCCCGCGACGGCCGGCGGACGCAGCACCGGCAUGAUUGUCCUCACCUGUGUCCUCUCCAUCCUCUUCGCCAUCCUGCUGGCUUGCCUGGUGGCCCUGCUGGCCUCCUGCUCCGACUCGUGGGGCAGCAGCAGCGUCUUCAGCAAGCCGGAUGCGGUGACGGUGAGGCGCUACAACACCCACCACGUCUACGACCAGCCGGCCGCCCGGCUCUGA